AUGGCUGCCGCCGCGGAUAAGAGCUUCCUGGAGGGUGCCACGGGUCGGAACACCCGUGGCAUGCUCCGCAUCAUCAUCUUGGCCACCAUCGCAGCAGCCGCUGUCUCCAGCCGUCUGUUCAGUGUCAUCCGCUUCGAGAGCAUUAUCCACGAGUUCGAUCCCUGGUUCAACUUCCGCGCCACCAAGUACCUCGUCAAGCAUGGCUUCUACAGCUUCUGGGACUGGUUCGACGACAGGACAUGGCAUCCAUUGGGCCGUGUUACUGGCGGUACCCUCUAUCCCGGCCUCAUGGUUACUAGCGGUGUCAUUUACCACGUCCUCCGCUUCCUGACCAUCCCCGUUGACAUUCGGAACAUUUGCGUGCUCCUCGCGCCCGCUUUCUCGGGCCUGACGGCUCUCGCCACGUACCUCCUCACGUCCGAGAUGUCCGAGUCUCCGUCGGCUGGCCUCCUCGCCGCUGCCUUCAUUGGCAUUUCGCCAGGCUACAUUUCUCGUUCGGUCGCUGGAAGUUACGACAACGAGGCAAUUGCCAUUUUCUUGCUUGUCUUCACCUUUUACCUGUGGAUCAAGGCCUUGAAGGUUGGCUCUGCUUUCUGGGGCGCCCUCUGUGCGCUGUUCUAUGGCUACAUGGUGUCUGCAUGGGGUGGAUACGUUUUUAUUACCAACCUGCUUCCCCUGCACGCCUUUGUGCUCAUCUGCAUGGGCCGUUACAGCCCACGCCUCUAUGUUAGCUACACCACUUGGUAUGCGCUGGGUACGCUUGCCAGCAUGCAGAUUCCUUUCGUCGGAUUCUUGCCCAUUAGGAGCAGCGAACACAUGGCCUCUCUCGGUGUUUUUGGUCUUCUGCAAAUUGUCGGCUUUACCGAAUGGGUCAGGACGCAGCUUCCGAGCAAGCAGUUCCAGACUCUCCUCCGCAGCCUGGUUCUGUUGAUUUUCGUCGUCGGUUUCGGUGGCCUCGUCCUCCUUACUGUCUCUGGCGUCAUUGCUCCCUGGACCGGCCGUUUCUACUCGCUCUGGGACACGGGAUACGCCAAGAUCCACAUUCCCAUUAUUGCGUCUGUCUCCGAACAUCAGCCUACCGCCUGGCCUGCUUUCUUCUUCGACCUGAACAUGAUGAUUUGGCUCUUCCCCGCUGGCGUCUACAUGUGCUUCCGCAAGCUCACCGAUGAGCAAGUCUUCAUUGUCAUCUACGCCGUCCUUGCCAGCUACUUCGCCGGCGUCAUGGUCCGCCUUAUGUUGACUCUUACUCCGGUUGUUUGCGUUGCGGCGGCCAUGGCGCUCUCGCACAUCCUGGACAACUACCUCGUCGUGCAAACCCCCGCUGCAGUCGUCAACGCUAAGGCCAAGGAGAACGGAGCGAGUGUCGAGGAGGUUGCGUCUUCCAUUAUUCCGGCUUCGCUGCGUUCCACCCGUGACCCUCUUGUCGGCAUUUACUCGUAUGCGUCGAAGCUUACUAUUGUCGCAUCGACCACGAUCUACUUGCUCCUUUUCGUCCUGCACUGCACCUGGGUCACGUCUAACGCGUACUCGUCUCCUUCAGUCGUCCUGGCAAGCAGACUGCCCGACGGAAGCCAGCACAUCAUUGAUGAUUACCGCGAGGCUUACUACUGGCUUCGUCAGAACACUCCCGAGAAUGCCAAGAUCAUGUCUUGGUGGGACUAUGGUUAUCAGAUCGGUGGCAUGGCGGACAGGCCUACGCUUGUUGACAACAACACGUGGAACAACACCCACAUUGCCACUGUUGGCAAGGCCAUGAGCUCCCGUGAAGAAGUCAGCUAUCCCAUCAUGCGCCAGCACGAGGUCGACUAUGUUCUCGUCGUCUUCGGUGGUCUUCUUGGGUACUCCGGCGACGACAUUAACAAAUUCCUGUGGAUGGUCAGGAUUGCCGAGGGCAUUUGGCCUGACGAGGUCAAGGAGCGCGAUUUCUUCACUCCCAGGGGCGAGUACCGCGUCGAUGACCAGGCGACUCCUACCAUGAGGAACAGCUUGAUGUACAAGAUGUCUUACUACAACUACAACUCUCUCUUCCCUGCCGGGCAAGCUACUGACCGUGUCCGUGGCGCUCGUCUUCCUGCUGAAGGGCCCCAGCUCAGCACCAUCGAAGAGGCAUUCACCAGCGAGAACUGGAUCAUCCGUAUCUACAAGGUCAAAGACUUGGAUAACCUUGGCCGAGACCAUGCUAGCGCCAUGGCCUUUGAGAAGGGCAACAAGAAGAAGCGUGCCGCCAAGAAGAAGGGCCCGAAGGUCCUGCGCGUUGAGUAA